AUGGCCUCGUCAGCGCCACAUUCGCCUGCUCCCUAUCGUGAUGCAGAUGCCGAUUCCAACGCCUCGCCUUCUCGUCCAUCGCCAUCAAAACUGCUCCGUAUUCAUCAAUUAAGCGCCGAACGAGCAUCCUCCUUACCACCCCGUCGCCUUUCCUCUCCAUCGAAGAACAUCUCACAAGUCCGACCACGACUGAACCAGUACUACACGCUCGACCACGCCGUCUCACUGUUCAAAUCCUCCAAGAACAUCAUCGUUCUCACGGGGGCCGGGAUAUCGACAUCUCUGGGCGUUCCCGAUUUCCGAUCCACCAGCGGCAUCUACAAUCUCCUCGUGGACUCGACCUAUGACGACCCACAGGAACUUUUCCACAUUGACAACUUCAAAUCAGAUCCUAAUGAGUUCUUCAAACAAGCCGCAAAGGUCUUUCCCAGAAUGCAAGGUCUCGUGCCGGCUGACGGAGACGGACGAGCUGAUUCCAUCACCACCAAGUCAGCUGACACCAAUCUCGUUCCGAGGUACAGCUUGACGCACGCUUUCAUCUCUGUACUCCAAUCCAAAGGCAAACUAUUGACCAACUACACACAAAACAUUGACGGCCUAGAAGCCGCUGCCGGCGUGUCGUCCUCCAAAUUGAUCCAAUGUCAUGGCACCUUGUCGACCGCGACGUGCAUGAGCUGCGGUAGAAAGACCACCGCCCGAAAAUACAUGCCCGUCGUACGAGCAGGAGGUAUCCCCUUUUGUAAAUGCUCGCUGGUCAAGGAUCCCAAGAUGGAGAAGGAGACGAAAGAGGGCGGACACAGCCGCAGCGGCAAAAAGAAACGCAAACGAUGGGAAUUCGAAGAUACUGACUCAUCGGAGGCUGAAAGCAACAAAAUCGACUUCCCCAAGGGCCUUCUCAAACCAGACAUGACGUUUUUUGGCGAGCACAUCUCCUAUUCCUACGCGCCACGACUCGAAGUGGACAAAUCCAAAGUCGACCUGCUCGUAAUUAUUGGCACAUCCCUUCAAGUUGAGCCUGUCAAUGAUAUGUUACUGGCAAUCCCGCCCACCGUGCCACAGAUCUGGAUUAGUAAAGACCGCUGUCAACGACAGCAUGUCAAAGUUGACAUCGAGUUGCUGGGCGAAUGCGACUUGAUCCUGGAAGAAAUCGCCCGCCGAGCAGGCUGGGAUGGCGCACUAAAGGAACGGCUAUGGACCGGCGAGAAGACCCCUCAUACGAAGGAACUAGCCGAGAAGACACAAACUAUGCAAGCUAGACAAACUGUACCGAAGAAAGAGGAAGAAAGAUUUCCCGUGAAACACGAAGAAGACAUCUUCCAAACUCGGCCCAGGAGCAGAGACUCACCGAUCAAGCAUCCAAGUGAGAUCAUCAUCCAACUCAACGACCAGGACCUUGUCCAGGCCGCGGCUGUAGAAGCAGAAGUUAAGAUCGAGACGAAAGAAAAUAUAUCGGGUCCACUCAAUGGGCACGACACAUUAUUGGUACCCACACAAAAUACCGUCCCCAAAGCUACCAACGCAGGAGCUGACGCCAGCAAAUCGACUCAUACCGAUUCAUCACCUUCUAACAUCAUCGUCGAGCUCGAGGAAGGCACUCGAUCACGCUGGUACAUCCGACGCGCGAAAUGA